CUAACCGUAUGCCCGUGUCCACCUUUAGGAGGACCAGCAAACGAGCAUCUUCUCUUUCGUCUAGAAUCUCGAUAGGUCAUAGCAUAAUUUUCCUCCACUCGCGAGACAUAUUGUAGGGCUGCGCGGCCGCCUGGGGCGAUCCUCCCAGCUAUGGGCGUGCCCUCUAGGUAAUCCACGGCUGUUCCACUGCCAGCAGCGGCUUUGCUACAGAGUAGUCGGGGGUUUUGCGCGACGGGAUUGCUGCCCCAUGGGGAUCGCUGGGAAAUUUUGCCGCACGGUGCCUGGCGGCGUGUGGGAGACGAAGAUCGAGAAUGGAUUCGGCGCAUUCACUCCCUGCGUCACCGACACGCUCGUCAUCAACAUCUCCAUGCUGGUGCUGCUCUCCUUCGCCGUCAAGAGGAUCCGGCUCAUCAGGGGCUCCUCGGACGCCCCCGUUGUGAGGCACAGCGUCAAGCGGCGGCGUGGCCAUGUUCUUCUCAUCGCUCUAGCUGCGUAUUCCGCCCUCCAGCCGCUUGCGCAGCUCGGCCUGGGGAUUUCUAGUGACAAUCCCGAAGGAAACAAAUCCCCUCCACCUUACGAGAUUGUUGCUAUGAUCGUUUCCUCGGCUACUUGGAUUGCUGUCCUGAUAAUGCUGUGCCUGGAGACGAGGAUUUACGUGACGGAAUACAAAUGGCACUACCGUUUUGCUUUGCUUUACGUUCUGGUGGCCCAGAUCACGAAGUUUCGUUUCGUUCUUGAGCUCAAGGAUUACCUGGACAAGUAUGCGUUCGGGGUUUCUUGCGGUUACUUCGCAGCUCAAGCUGUGUUCACUGUUGUCGCGUGGAUUUAUUCUCCGGAGAUCACCGAAGAAGGAGAUUAUCGUCCCAUCCCCGAGGACAUCACAGUUGAGUAUGAAGAUCAGAUGCCGUCCGAGAAAGUUUGCCCGGAGUGCCAUGCUUCAAUUUUCUCGAGAAUUGUCUUCUCAUGGAUGACUCCACUAAUGGAGACAGGCUACAAGAGACCGCUUACUGAAAAGGAUAUUUGGCAGCUUGAUGAGUGGGAUAGGACGGAGAAUCUCUAUCGAAAUUUUAGGAAAUUCUGGGAUGACGAGUGCAAAAAGGCGAAUCCGUGGCUUUUGGCAGCUUUACACAGAUGUCUUGGACCGAGAUUCUGGCUGGGUGGAAUUUUUAAAGUUGGAAAUGAUCUUUCUCAAUUUGUUGGACCUUUUUUCUUGAAUCUGCUUCUAGAGUCAAUGCAAACCGGUGCUCCCGUCUGGCAAGGCUACAUAUAUGCAGCACUGAUAUUUGUUGGCAUUUUUGGAGGUGUUCUUUGUGAAGCGCAAUAUUUUCAAAACGUAAUGCGUACAGGAUUUCGUGCGCGCUCUGUUUUGGUUGCUGCGGUGUUUCGAAAAUCUGUUCGUCUAAGUCAAGUUGGGCGACAGGGGUUUACUUCAGGAAAAAUUGUAAAUCUGAUGACUACUGAUGCAGAAGCUCUUCAGCAAAUAUGUCAACAACUCCAUGGCCUGUGGUCAGCUCCCCUACGGAUUGUAGGAGCUGUAGUUUUCCUUUACUAUCAACUCGGCGUUGCAUCCUUGAUUGGUUCAUCAAUUUUGUUGUUGUUGUUUCCUGCUCAGACUUUUAUCAUCAGUCGCAUGCAAAAGCUGACAAAAGAAGGGUUACAGCGUACUGACACACGUAUCGGCCUGGUCUCUGAAGUUUUAUCAGCCAUGGACGUUGUGAAAUGCUAUGCCUGGGAGGAUAGUUUUAGCUCAAAAGUUCAGAAUGUUCGAAAUGACGAGCUUAGUUGGUUUCGAAAAGCACAGCUUCUAUCUGCGAUAAACAGCUUUCUCUUGAACAGCAUUCCGGUUUUUGUUACUGUUUUAGCCUUUGGCAUUUACACGCUGUUGGGUGGGAAAUUGACACCGGCAAAAGCUUUUACUUCUCUCUCGCUAUUUUCUGUUUUGAGAUUUCCCUUAUUCAUGUUCCCGACUCUGAUAACACAGGCUGUCAAUGCGAAAGUAUCCUUGAAGAGAUUGCAAGAGCUCCUUCUUGCCGAGGAACUCGCAUUACUACCCAAUCCACCCAUACAGAAGGAAUUACCUGGUAUUUCAAUCAAAGAUGGCAGUUUUUCUUGGGAUCCAAAGGCAGAGCGGCCCACUCUUACGAACAUAAAUUUUGAGGUCCCAGUUGGAAGUUUUGUGGCCAUUGUUGGGGGAACUGGAGAGGGAAAAACCUCUUUAAUUUCAGCUGCAAUUGGAGAGUUGCCUCCUCUCGCUGAUACGGAAAUUAUAUUGAGAGGAAGAGUAGCAUAUGUUUCACAAGUAUCAUGGAUUUUUAAUGCCACUGUCCGUGAUAAUGUACUAUUUGGAGCCCCUUAUGAUCCAGUGCGCUACAACAGGGCUAUUGAAGUUAGUGCGUUGGCACAGGACCUUCAAAUAUUAGCUGGAGGAGACCUUACAGAAAUUGGUGAGCGUGGUGUGAAUCUUAGUGGCGGGCAGAAGCAAAGAGUAUCUAUAGCACGAGCCGUGUACUCUACUGCGGACGUUUAUCUAUUUGAUGACCCCCUGAGUGCACUCGAUGCACACGUCGGCCGCGAAGUAUUUGACAAAUGUCUUCGUGACGAACUCAGAGGAAAGACGAGAGUUCUGGCAACAAACCAGCUCCAUUUUCUUCCACACGUUGAUUAUAUCUUCUUGGUCCACGACGGGAUGAUAAAGGAGCAGGGAACAUACGAGGACCUUAUUUCGAAUGGACCUUUGUUUAAGCAGCUUAUGGAGAAUGCCGGAAAGAUGGAAAAUACCGACGAAGAGUCGGCUGAAUCGUCAGAUGAAAGCAACAUAAAUGGUGACAUGAAAACUCAGAGGGCGCCAUCGUUAAAAAAGAAAUCGAGCUCGAAGAAAGAAAAGAAGAAAUCGGUAUUGAUAAAGAAAGAAGAACGAGAAACAGGUGUUAUAAGUUUUCGGGUUCUGGAAAGGUACAAAAAUGCUCUCGGUGGAUUCUGGGUUGUUGCCAUCCUGUUUCUUUGCUACAUUAUGACAGAAACCUUUCGCCUUUCUAGCAGCACUUGGCUCAGCUAUUGGACACAGCCAACUUCGGGCCAAGAGCACAGUGCCAACUUUUACAAUGGUAUCUAUGGCGCACUGUCAUUCUGUCAGGUGCUGGUUACGCUCUUAAACUCCUUUUGGCUCGUCACCUCGAGCCUGUACGCUGCUGCACGCCUUCACAACGGGAUGCUGGCAUCCGUCCUUCGUGCUCCCAUGUCUUUCUUUCAUACAAACCCAAUCGGUCGCGUUGUGAACCGCUUCGCCAAAGACACUGGAGACAUCGACAGGAACGUGGCACUGUGGUCUAAUAUGUUCCUUGUUUCCAUCUUUCAGCUCCUGUCUACGUUUGUGCUCAUAGGGUUCGUUAAUACGAUCUCUCUCUGGGCUAUUUUACCUCUCCUUGUUGGAUUUUAUGUAGCGUAUCUUUACUUUCAGAGUACUGCUCGCGAAGUCAAGCGUCUCGAUUCUAUAACUCGCUCUCCUGUUUACGCACAGUUUGGGGAGGCACUUAACGGCGUGGCGACUAUUCGAGCUUACAGAGCUCAUGAUCGCCUUGCUGAGUUCAAUGGCACGACAAUGGACAACAACGUCCGUUUUACGCUCGUGAAUAUGAGUGGAAACAGGUGGCUCGCUGUACGUCUCGAGUUCGUUGGCGGCCUUAUGAUCUUUCUCGCCGCGGCAUUUGCUGUUUUAGCCAAUGCAAACGCAUCGAGUCAAGCAUCUGUGGCACCUCAGAUGGGCCUGCUCUUGAGUUACGCUCUCAAUAUCACCUCGUUAUUGACAGCGGUAUUGCGACUAGCAAGCUUAGCCGAGAACAGCUUCAACGCCGUUGAAAGGGUGGGAACUUAUGCAGAUUUGCCCGCGGAAGCUCCACUCGUGGUUGAGAACCGACGUCCACCUCCCGGUUGGCCUUCUGCUGGAGCCAUCGAAAUGAAGAACGUAGUCAUGAGAUAUCGUCCGGAUCUUCCGCCCGUGCUGCAUGGCCUGUCUGUAAGCAUCAAGCCCAGUGAGAAGGUGGGAAUAGCUGGUCGAACAGGCGCAGGCAAAUCCAGCAUGCUCAACGUACUGUUCCGUCUCGUGGAGAUCGAGAGUGGACAGAUUCUGAUUGACGGGUAUGACAUUUCGAAGAUGGGAUUGCGAGACUUGCGCAAUGCUGUCGGAAUCAUUCCACAGACGCCAGUGUUGUUCUCAGGUAGCAUUCGUUUCAAUUUAGAUCCUUUCAACGAGCACAAGGACGUCGAGAUCUGGGAGUCGCUGGAAAGAGCUCAUCUCAAGGACGUUGUGAAGCGGAAUUCCAAAGGCUUGGACGCAGAGGUAGCAGAAGCUGGAGAGAACUUUAGCGUUGGACAGAGACAGCUCCUUAGUCUGGCACGAGCUUUGUUACGGAGGUGUAAGAUCCUUGUUCUGGACGAAGCAACUGCCGCUGUGGAUGUUGGCACAGACGCCAUCAUCCAGAAGACAAUCCGCGAAGAAUUUCGCGCAUGUACCAUGCUCAUCAUCGCGCACAGGCUGAACACCAUCAUCGACUGUGACAAAAUUCUCGUGCUUGAUGCUGGCAAGGUCGUCGAGAUGGACACACCGGCAACUCUACUUGCAAAUGAAAACGGUGUUUUCACGGGAAUGAUUCGCAGUACUGGCGCAGCCAAUGCUCAGUAUCUCAUGAGCAUUGUGAGAGGAGAUGUCGACGUGAAGUCCGAGCUGGAAGAGAUGGCCAGCAUUGAGCAGCGAAAGUGGGCAGCGUCUGCGAGAUGGGCCAUCGCUACUCGGUGGGCAUUAGCCAAGAGUUUAACAGCCUCCCAGGGCGAUUUGCAAGCGAUCUGCGGCCAGAGCAGCAGCAGCGAAACGCCGACGAUACUCGAGACGACACGCGACGCGGUGCAAACGCUCCAUGACUUACUCUCCGGAAGGCACAACGAGGCGAUCGACGCGGAGCUCAGCGCACGCAACGCUCCUCGCGAAGUGUGGUGGAACUCCAUGCUGAGAGUCAUCGAAGGCCUUGCGGUCAUGGCGCGCGGCGUUCGAAGCCGCCUAAAUCGCUCUGGAUCGGCUCAAAAUUUUGCUUCUCUUGGUGACUAACGACGCGAGAGUUAAGAUGACCCUGCCGCUAGCUAGGGGGAGGAAGCGCGGUCGUGUAGAGCAAGCAAAGCUAUGGCGGCAUGGACGAUGAGCGGAGGUAUGCUCGUUUUGGCGACAAUGUGGCUCAUUGUCGCUACGGUUGUUGCUUCAUCUUCGUCGCCUCGAGAUCCAUUGCUGGGUCUGCUCCAGGCAGGGGGAAGAUCGAUCCAGUACUACCAAGAGCCGCCCAAGAAGAAGCAGCAGCACAUCCACUACAUCAGCUAUGGCGCGCUCUCGGCUGAUCGAGUCCCCUGCGCUCCAAUGUCGGGAAGAUCCUACUACACCCCCAACUGCGUCGCGGCGAAGGGUCCUCCCGAUUGCUACGCUCGGCGAUGCAGCACCAUCACUCGAUGCGCCAGGGACUCCUAGCUAGCUAGCUAGUGCAGUGCAAAUGGUUUUUUCUCUCUUUUUCUCUCUAAGUCUUUUAUAAAUUCAUCUUCACCAAUUAACUAAGAAAUCACCCUUUUGAAUUACUA